GCAAAUCGGAGAGAGGAGGGAUGAGCCUGUCCCAGUUCAGAGGCAAGACAGGAAGUAGGGCAUGCAGUGUGAGAAAGAGAGGGUGGGAGAGAGGAGGGAAGUAGGGAGCUGCAAGGGAGCGAUCGAGAGAGAGCAAUAUUCCCCACCCCUUGCCUUAAAGCAGCAGUAGGAGGAAAGAGAGAGGGAGUCAAGGAGGAAGAGAGCCACAAGUGAAGGAGAGGCAAGCAGCGGUGGGAAAAAUGGAGCUUUGAGAGCUUCUUUACCCUCAUCCAUCCCUCCUUUUCUUUCAUUUUCCUCUCCCCUUGUUGUCAGUCAGCUUCGGGUUUCUCUCAAUGCCUGCCUUCGAUUGUUGCAUGGAAUUCUUGCAAUGCCCGAUCUCAUCUAAUGCCGAGGCUGAAGGAGUCUCGCUCCCAUGAGUCACUGCUCAGCCCUAGCAGCGCUGUGGAAGCCCUGGACUUAAGUAUGGAGGACGAAGUUAUCAUCAAGCCUGUUCACAGCAGCAUCCUUGGACAGGACUACUGCUUCGAGGUCACCACCUCCACAGGAAGCAAAUGUUUUUCCUGUCGUUCAUCAGCCGAGAGAGACAAAUGGAUGGAGAAUCUGAGGAGAGCAGUGCAGCCAAACAAGGACAACAGCCGUCGGGUGGAGAACAUGUUGAAGCUAUGGAUCAUUGAGGCUAAAGACCUGCCAGCCAAAAAGAAGUACUUCUGUGAGCUUUGUCUCGAUGACUCGCUCUACGCUCGCACCACCUGCAAGCUAAAGACGGACAACGUUUUUUGGGGGGAACACUUUGAGUUCAACAACCUGCCUGCUGUCAAGAGCGUCACGGCCCACCUCUACAAAGACACAGACAAGAAGAAAAAGAAAGAUAAGAACAAUUACAUCGGACUCGUCAGCAUCCCCGUGGCAGCCGUUACGGGGCGGCAGUUCAUGGAGAAAUGGUAUCCCGUCAGCAUGCCUAACCCCCCUAAAGGCAAGGCAUCGGGGCCGAUGAUUAGGAUCAAGGCACGGUAUCAAAGUAUGAACAUCCUUCCAAUGGAAAUGUACAAAGAGUUUGCAGAGUACACCACCAAUAACUACAUGCUGCUAUGCUCAGUGCUUGAGCCCGGGAUUAGCGUCAAGAACAAGGAGGAGAUGGCAUGUGCGCUGGUUCAUAUUUUACAAAGCACCGGCAAGGCCAAGGAUUUCCUCACAGACCUGAUGAUGUCAGAGGUGGACCGCUGUGGGGAAAACGAGCACCUGAUCUUCAGAGAAAACACACUGGCAACCAAGGCUAUAGAGGAAUACCUCAAACUGGUGGGACAGAAGUACCUGCAGGAUGCUCUCGGUGAGUUCAUCAAGGCUUUGUAUGAGUCAGAUGAAAACUGUGAAGUGGAUCCAUCCAAGUGUUCUUCAGGUGAUCUCCCAGAACACCAGAGUAACCUGAAGAUGUGUUGUGAGCUGGCCUUCUGCAAAAUCAUCAACUCCUACUGUGUAUUUCCACGAGAACUGAAGGAGGUGUUCGCCUCAUGGCGGCAGGAAUGCAGCAAUCGAGGCCGGCCUGACAUCAGCGAGCGUUUGAUAAGCGCAUCAUUGUUCCUACGGUUUCUAUGUCCAGCCAUCAUGUCCCCAUCACUUUUCAAUUUGAUGCAAGAAUACCCCGAUGACCGCACUGCUCGAACACUGACGCUCAUUGCUAAAGUCACACAAAACCUCGCCAACUUCACCAAAUUUGGUAGCAAGGAGGAGUACAUGUCCUUCAUGAACCAGUUCUUGGAACACGAGUGGACCAAUAUGCAACGUUUCCUGCUUGAAAUCUCAAAUCCAGAAACAAUCUCCAACACGGCCGGGUUUGAGGGGUACAUCGACCUUGGCAGGGAACUGUCUACUCUGCACUCCCUCCUCUCUGAGGUGGUGUCACAAAUGGAACAGGGUGCAGCCACUAAGCUGGGUCCUCUGCCCAGGAUCCUGCGAGAGGUGAAUACGGCUCUGUCUAACCCGUCCAGUGUGCAGAUGGCACCCGCACCACCAACAGAGAUUAUGGGCUCCCCUCCUGCUGAAACCAGCUGCAGCAUCUCCACUGGUCUGCAGAAGAUGGUCAUAGACAAUGACCUUUCAGGAUUGGUUGAUUUCACCAGGUUACCUUCACCCACUCCAGAAAACAAGGACAUAUUCUUUGUGACAAGAAGCUCGGGGAUCCAACCAUCCCCUGCACGUAGUUCAAGCUAUUCUGAGACCAAUGAGCCUGACCUGGGCAUAGCCAAUGGCAGCAAGAGUCUAUCCAUGGUGGACCUACAAGACCCUCGCAGUCUGGACAUUGGCUCAGCUCCCAGCACCUCAAAUGGACUUGGUGAUGGUGGAACCACUGCAGGUGGAUGGCCGGUCAGAGCCGCACAGGGUAACAUACCUGGAGGUCCCACACUGAGGAGGUCAGGACCGACCCCCACCACCCCAGGCACAGAAAGCACCCCAGGCCGACCUGUCCAGCUGCUAGCCCCACUGUCUUUUCAGAAUCCAGUUUACCAGAUGGCCGCAUGCCUGCCCGUGUCGCCGCGAGGAAUGACCGACUCUGGUUCAGAGUGUCAUAGCUCUGUGAGUUCCCAUAGCAACAAUGAGGAUGGUCCAACGGGUGGGAAGCCUACUUUCUUGAACCAAUGCGGCGGCGGUGGUGGGAGUAGCGGGGAUGAGUACAGCAGGCGCUCCGGGGAGUUCACCCGCCGACAGCUGUCACUCACAGAGGCGCAGCACCAGCCCAAUGUCCCCAGACAGAACAGUGCCGGGCCACAGCGCAGGAUAGACCAACCUCCACCUCAGAGUAUCACUCGGGGACGCACUCCACCAAAUCUGCUCAGUAGCGGACCCUACCCACGUCCCUCCUCUGGCAGCAUAAUGACAUCGUCACCUGAUUGGCCUACCACUCGGUUAAGACAGCAGUCGUCCUCUUCCAAAGGAGACAGUCCUGAGACCAAGCAGAGGGCACAGCACAAACAGGCCCCCUCCCCAGUGAACCCCAGUGCGUUGGACCGCACAGCAGCCUGGCUGUUGAAUAUGAAUGUGCAGUAUUUAAACCAUGAGGGGAUGGAGUUCGAGUCACUGAGAAACAAAGAGGAUCUGACUCAGGUGGAGAAGUAUCAGCAGGAGAUCACGGUGCUGCAGGAGAAGCUACGCGUGUCUGUGCAGAAGCUCGAGGAGUACGAGGCCCAGCUAAAGGGUCAGGAUGAACAAGCACAGAAAGUGCUGAUGGACUACCAGGCCAGGCUGGAGGAGUCUGAGGAGCGACUGCGCAGACAGCAGGAUGACAAGGACCUCCAGAUGAAGAGCAUCAUCAGCAGGUUAAUGUCAGUGGAAGAAGAGCUUAAAAAGGAUCAUUCAGACAUGCAGGCUGUGGUGGACUCCAAGCAGAAGAUCAUCGAUGCACAGGAGAAGCGGAUAGCAUCGCUGGAUGCAGCGAACGCCCGCCUGAUGAGUGCGUUGGCCCAGCUGAAGGAGCGCUACAGCAUGCAGACCCGUAAUGGCAUCUCACCCACCAACCCCACCAAACUGCAAAUCACUGAGAACGGCGAGUUCAGAAAUAGCAGCAACUGCUAAACUGUCUAGAGUGUACCUGUGUGCGCGCGCGUGUGUAUGUGUGUACAGUACUUCAAGAACACAGUAAGUGCACGCACAGGUGUGCGGUACUCUCCGAAAACGUUUGUGUUUUGGACGUCGUGCCGGAGCUUGAAAGAGGAGGAUGCCACUGGGCGAAGCUGAUCACCAGACUGCCUUCGUUACGAGGGUGACGGCCAGAGGAGAUGGGCGGAGUUUGUAAAUAAUAAACUUGAAGCUGUCCAUCAGUCAGACACUUCUGGAACUCUUUGGAGACCCUACUUACACCCAGGACAAACCACUACAUAACCCUACGUAACUCCAUCACACACAGUUACCAUGGCAACCCUCCUCUCCUCUCUCAAUCUACCAUCCUCUCGAACCACUUAAAACACAAACAUACCAUUGAGCUUGAAGUUGUCCCGAGAGGAUAGAUUUCCAGCUCCUUUUUUUUUUUAAAGAACCAAAUUCAUUUUACUUUUUUCCAUAACAAUCAGCUUUAUUUUUCUUUUCAUUGGUUGGUUGUGUUCCUGAGUGACCCGCUGACCCCGCGCCCCCUCUAUCCUGACAUAGAGCACUUUGUGAAAAGCUAUUUGGUACAUGAAAGGCCUUAAGUAUGGAACACAACUCAACGUUACCCUGCAGCUCCCCAACUUCUGCAAAAAAAA